AUGCCGAAAACCCUCUACUUUUCCUUGAUUUUCUUUCUUACUAUAUCUACAAUGGCCUCUGUCUCACGGGCAUCACUCAAAGUGGGCUUCUAUAGGACAAGCUGUCCUUCUGCAGAAGCAAUUGUGAGAAAAGCUGUGAACAAAGCUGUGUCACGCAAUCCUGGCAUAGCUGCUGGCCUCAUUAGAAUGCAUUUCCACGACUGUUUUGUUAGGGGCUGUGAUGCCUCUGUAUUGCUAGAUUCAACCCCUGGAAAUCCAUCAGAGAAAGAAAAUCCAGCCAACAAUCCAAGCUUGAGAGGAUUCGAAGUGAUCGAUGAGGCAAAGUCUGAAAUCGAAGCUCAAUGCCCUCAAACUGUCUCGUGUGCAGACAUUCUAGCCUUUGCUGCUCGUGACAGUACAUAUAAAGUAGGUGGCAUGAAUUAUGCAGUUCCAUCUGGACGUCGUGAUGGCAGAGUAUCACUAGAAGAUGAAGCUUCCCAGAAUCUGCCAUCACCUUUCUUCAAUGCCAAGGAACUCAAAGAUAAUUUUGCACAAAAAGGCCUUAGUGUUGAUGAAAUGGUGACGCUUUCAGGGGCACAUUCAAUAGGCGUGUCGCAUUGUUCUUCCUUCUCAACUCGCUUAUACUCUUUCAAUGCAACACAUUCGCAAGACCCUUCAAUGGACCCCAUUUUUGCUAGAAGCUUAAAAGCUAAGUGCCCCCCACCAUCAAAUUCAGGAAACGGACGUGAUCCUGCAGUGCCAUUGGAUGUUCUAUCACCAAACAAGCUGGAUAACAAGUACUACAAAGAUCUGAAGAACCACCAUGGCCUGUUGACGUCUGAUCAAACUCUUUUGAGCAGCCCUUCGACGGCAGGGAUUGUGAGGAACAAUGCAAAGAAUGAUGCAGCUUGGGCCAAGAAGUUUGCAGCUGCUAUGGUGAAAAUGGGUUCUCUCACAGGAAGACAGGAGGGUGAGGUCAGGAAGAACUGCAGGGUCGUCAACUAG